CUUAUGUUACGCUUUACUGUUUCUUUGACAGAUAGUAUAAAAAUGUACAAUAUUUCGAUAAUAUUAAUAAGGAUACGUAUGACAAAUAAAAAUGUGCAAGAACCGCACGAACUGAUCCACAUGUGUGACGGACUGUGAAUCUCUUGAAAAUAUCAUAUAAUAUUAAGUAUAUUUCGAGCAAUCUCUUGAGAGAGAAAUGGAUAUAUACAGAUCUUUUUUAGUGGACUUUCUAGCUGGAGGUCUAUCCGCGGCGAUUGCAAAAACUGCAGUCGCUCCUUUAGAGAGAGUGAAAUUGUUGCUGCAAGUGCAGCACACUUCGAAACAGAUUAAACCUGAGGAACGAUACAAGGGUAUGCUAGACGCGUUCGUACGUAUACCUAAGGAAACAGGACUUCUCAGCUUCUGGAGAGGCAAUCUCGCCAACGUAAUCCGGUAUUUUCCGACUCAAGCGCUCAAUUUCGCGUUUAAAGAUAAAUUCAAGACCCUGUUCCUGGGGGACGUGCCAUCAGACGCAUUUUGGCGACAGUUCGUUGGAAAUUUAGCGGCCGGCGGUGCCGCCGGUGCGACAUCGCUUUUAUUCGUUUAUCCGCUUGACUUUGCCCGUACUAGACUGGCUGCCGAUAUCGGAAAGGGCGAGAAACGGGAAUUUAAAGGUAUAAGUGACUGCAUAUUAAAGAUAUUUGAAUCAGACGGAUUGCUCGGGCUGUAUCGUGGUUUCAACGUCAGUGUGCAAGGGAUUAUUAUAUAUCGAGCAACAUACUUUGGAUUUUAUGAUACUGUGAAGGGUACACUACCUGAUCCGAAGAGCACACCGUUGUACAUGAAUUUUAUAAUUGCCGAGGUAGUAACAACGAUAGCGGGCAUCGUAUCCUAUCCCUUCGAUACAGUCAGAAGACGGAUGAUGAUGCAGUCAGGCCGAAAAAAGACCGAUAUAAUGUACAAAAAUACAUUGGAUUGUUGGAUAAAAAUAACAAAGACUGAAGGAUCUGGAGCUUUCUUUAAAGGCGCAUUCUCUAAUAUUCUUCGUGGCACCGGCGGUGCUCUCGUUUUGACGUUGUACGAUACUGUCAAGGAAUCAAUCGAAAGAGCGAUCUCGAAAAAUUUGUGAAUUUUUAGGAAUUUCAUAAAUUUUACUGUGGUGUAUAAGAGAUCGUUUUAUAAAUGUGUAUGAUUAAGAGAAUCGUGUUUAAAUUUAUGUACAUUCAUAUAUAGUGGAAUCUAUAUAUAUAAAUAUAAAUAUUUCUAUAUAAAGUUAUAAAUAUUAAUGACAAACAUUUUAUAUUAUAGAAAACAUAUAGAAAAAAUAACUUUCAGUUUUCACCAUUAUUUUCUAUGUUAAAACCGUUUUUAUAAACUAUUCUCAUGUUAUGAGAAUAGCUUAUAAAAACGGUUUUAACAUAGAAAAUUAUAAACACACACAAAAUUAUAAAAAUUUUAUCACAGAUUAGCUUUAUACAAUUAUGUACAAAAUCAAUCUUUUGCAUACAUAUAAGAUAUUUUAAUAUCACGUUUGU